AUGUCAGUGGCAUUAUGGUUUUGUCCGGCACCCGGGACCCCAGCAUACGAAACACUCACCUUGUUGAUCCAAUCACUCCAGACACUGUUCCCUGAUUCACCUGUAUUUGAACCACAUGUUACUGUAGUGACUAAUUUGAGUGCACCCAAUACAGAUGAGGUUAAUAAGAUAUUGAUGUCGUGUGUGGCAGCCAUGAAUUCCAUUAAGAGUUCGCUAAUUGAUGAUGGGACACCCCUGAUUACUUUUCAGAAGUGUUCCAUUGGACGCACAUUCUUCAAGAAGAUUAUAUUAGAAUGUCAAUUAAAUAGUUAUUUGAUAAGUAUUGCACAAAUAAUGAGAGAAAUGUUUGUGGAAUCGGAUCAAGAUGAUUCCAUAAGAAGAGAAAAGGCAUCGAAUUGGGUUCGCGAUGAAUUCAAGCCUCAUGUCUCAUUACUAUAUUCUGAGAUAUCACGUAUAAGCCCGGCGUUCAGUAAGACUAUAGAGCAAAGGAUAGAGGACACACUGGAUGUAAGGAUGACUUUAGUGGAUGGUUCAUUAAAUCCUAAAUGGGAAUUUGAUAGAAUUCCAGCUAAUAUUUCAUGGGGAAUACCGGGUGUUUUCAAAGUUGUUCGUUGUGAGGGGCCUAUUGAAGAAUGGGAAGUGUUAGGAGCUACUACUAUUUAA